UUCGCGGGUACCUCCGCCGGGGUCUGCGGGAGAGGCCUGGAAAAGACAAUGGGCGCAUUCUCCAGGUUUCGCGCCUUGGGUGGGGACCCUCGGGAUAAUCUCCAAAGAACACUUUCCCAUCCCCUCCCCGGGUGAACGACAUUGCCGCGUGGGUCAGGUACACGUCGCGUCGGUGACCCCGGCCAGGCUUUGUGGAGGGAUGGGUUAGUGCUGCCCUCGCUGCGAAAAAAUGGAUUUUGUUUUGCCAGUUAUUAUGGUUACUGAUGUCGUCGCCAUCAUCCUCAUCGUCAUCAUCAUCCUUUUUAAUUAAAGUAAUCGUUCAGAAGCGAAGCGGCUUGUCCCUUUUAGCUUCUUUGGAGCGAUAACAAAGCAGCGCCGUUCCCCCCCCCCCCCCCGCUCUAUUUUUUAAGUUGCUGAGCUUGGGGUUGGGAGAGAAAAUGGAGAGAGGGACGGACACACAGACUCUGUCAUAAAGCAAAAAUUAACCCAACCUAAGAUACGGGAAUGAGUGAAUUCUCCCUUCUUCCCACCCCUCCCCCCAUUUCGAUUAGAAGAGGAGAAAGAAAAUCUCCCGCAUUGGACUGAAACUGCAGGGAAGAAUUAUUCCUGUAUUUCUACCAAAGCUGGGGUAAAAAAAGAGUCCUUUGGAAUUAAUCCAAGGCUUCGAUGUGUAAUCAUAAACUGGACAAUUUAGGCAAAACAAAUUAAAACCCUUUGGAGGAAAAAAAAAAAAAGCAGCCUAAAUCUCACUACACUACACCCUGGGAAGCAGUAUUGGAUUUGUGUUUAUCCUUCCUCCCUUUGCCUUGUUUAUUGCUGCAAGGAAUUACUAGAAUUCUCCUUUACUCUGCUAGUCUGAACACUGAAAAAUUGAAAAUCAUUGUGUGGGGAUGGUUGAAAGGAAGACGGGGGCUGCCUGUGUCUCUUCCUUCCUUUCUUUCUUUCUUUCUUUCUUUCUUUCUUUCUUUCUUUCUUUCUUUCUCAAUAGGAAGAAAAGAGGGGACCUAGAUAGAUCAAGAUAUCUCUCCCUCCCCUCCCCCAUUCUCUUGGAUCAUUGCUGUUCUGACUCCAUUUCUCUGAGAAAGUAGCUUUUGGAAUUGGGUUCUGGUUUCGUUUUGGGCUAGAGGUGGACAUGGAGAGAAUGGGGCCCUUGGAGAUUCUGCCCCACAGAUCAGGGUCUGAAGACUGGAAUCCCCUUUUCCAACACACAUUUCCCACCCACCCGUGCUAGGCGUUGUGGCUGCUGCUUGGGCCUGACCCGGGUUCCCAAGCCAGCCAACCGCAUAGACACGUCAGUGCUUAGAAAACAAACUCAGCUGGCCGCACUGAACCAGACAUCCCAGUUGGAGGGCCCGAAAAUGUUCUGGCAGUCUGUGGAGAACUGCCCAGGACCACACCGUGGCCUAACUGCUGGUCUCUCAGCGAGAGAGACGGGGAAAGCAAAGACCCCAGUCCACAACUUGGACCUUGGCUCCCGCCCCUCUCCGGCGGAGUGGAGAUCCUAUUCAGAGGGGCCUGUCUCUCUAAAUAUGCCCCAGGCUCCUAACUCUGGGGCAGCUAUUUCUGGGUGGCGCAGGCUGCGUGUGCCUGGGCCGCUGGCAGGAAGAAGGCCCAGCCAUCCUGGCUAGUGCAGUCCCAACUCCGGUGGGCCUUGACCGGGGCCUGAGGCCUAGAGUGGAGCGGCGCUGGAACACUCCUCCACUCUGGUAGUAGCAGGGAAUGUGGUUCUGUUCUCGCGAAUGCAGCGCAGGCUUGGGGCUCCCCCGGGGGUUCGUUCGGGUGUGGGUGCAAUAUGAAGGGCAGGAAGCUAGCUCUUACCCCAGGUACCAGCGGAGGCUGUUUUCACAUGAGAAAUUUUCCCUGCCCGGAAUUGGGAGCUGCCGAGACCCCGUUGCUGCCCCCCAGGAGCUCCUGGGAUCCGUGCCUUGUUCAGACUCGAACGGAAACGUUGCGGCCAUCUGGCAACAGGAGAUGAGGAUCCGGUGUUGGGGGCUGCGAGCUGGUUCUGGGCCGCACAAAGACAGAGGAGUUGUAAUGGUCAAAAUAGUCUAGUGCGAUUCUGUUCAAAAGCUUCUCCCCAAUUCUUUGUCUUCCCCAAAUAAAAACAAAUGAACAAAGUAAAAAUCACUCGGGCUUUCCUUUCAGUAAUCUUAACCAAAGCCAAGUGAUUGGGGUUAGUCUGCUACAACCAGAGGUGCUUAUGAGUCCGCUGUUGGCUUCUGGAGCAUGGACCCUUGGCAUGGGUGAUCCUGGUUGCAGAACAGCCUGCCGGGUUUUCCUAAGGUCCAGGGAUGGGCGGGGAGAGGUCGGCCACAGACCCUGGGGGCCAAUCAAAGGUUUCUCACGGGGAGCCUCCGAGAUACAGAUAUUUAUAGGCCUCUGGGGAGGGCAUUUGGGGCCAGAGUCAACUCAUCUGGAAUAUGUGCUCCUCUUGCCCCUUGGGGACCUGCGCCUACAUGAAGCCUCAGAAUUAAUCAGAGGGUAUAAAUGUGCCAUAAGGAGAGCUUGAACUCAGUCUGGUGAUUGCAGUGUGCACCGUUGGUUACUCUGGUUAGAAGCUGGGGCUGAAGCACGUGUCACUGGGCACACAACGGUGUGUGGGGACAGUAAGGAUGACGGAGCGGCCGCCGAGCGAGGCGGCCCGCAGUGACCCCCCGCUAGAGGGACGGGACGCGGCCGAGGCCCGCAUGGCCCCUCCGCACCUGGUCCUGCUGAACGGCGUCGCCAAGGAGACGAGCCGCGCGGCCCCCGCGGAGCCCCCGGUCAUCGAGCUGGGCGCGCGCGGCGGUCCGGGGGGCGGCCCCGCCGGUGGGGGCGGCGCCGCGCGGGACUUAAAGGGCCGCGACGCGGCGGCAGCGGCCGAAGCGCGCCAUCGGGUGCCCACCACCGAGCUGUGCAGACCUCCGGGGCCCGCGCCCGCCUCGGCCCCCGCGGAGCUGCCCGGCGACGGCCGCAUGGUGCAGCUGAGCCCACCCGCGCUGGCGGCCCCCGCCGCCCCCGGCCGCGCGCUGCUCUACAGCCUCAGCCAGCCGCUGGCCUCGCUCGGCAGUGGGUUCUUUGGGGAGCCAGAUGCCUUCCCUAUGUUCGCCACCAACAACCGAGUGAAGAGGAGGCCCUCCCCUUAUGAGAUGGAGAUUACUGAUGGUCCUCACACCAAAGUCGUGCGACGCAUCUUCACCAACAGCCGAGAAAGAUGGCGGCAGCAGAAUGUGAACGGGGCCUUUGCUGAGCUCCGCAAGCUGAUCCCCACACAUCCCCCAGACAAGAAGCUCAGCAAGAAUGAGAUCCUCCGCUUGGCCAUGAAGUACAUCAACUUCCUGGCCAAGCUGCUCAAUGACCAGGAGGAGGAGGGUACCCAACGGGCCAAGCCUGGCAAGGACCCCGUGGUGGGGGCUGGUGGAGGAGGCGGUGGGGGAGGGGGCGGUGCACCUGCAGACGACCUGCUGCAGGACGUGCUCUCCCCCAACUCCAGCUGUGGCAGCUCUCUGGAUGGGGCCGCCAGCCCGGACAGCUACACAGAAGAGCCGGCACCCAAGCACACGGCCCGCAGCCUCCAUCCUGCCAUGCUGCCAGCCGCUGAUGGAGCAGGUCCUCGGUGAUGGGGCCGGGGCCACUCAGGACCGGCCAGGAGGGCAGCCUCAGGCUUCUGGGACCGUGGGCUUUGGGGCAGGUGGGGUGAGGAUUGGGCAGCUCUGAAGCAGGGCAGUGGACUUGACGAGCCUUCCUUGAUGUCUGAACUUUGGGAAGUCCUAACUGCCCUGGCUGGCUUUCCUGUUUCCUGACUCAGUGGUAGAACAGAAAAAUGGAGCAAAGUGGUAGGUACUUUUUAUGAAGACGGCACGGUCUUCCCCUCCCCCAAAUCCCUAAGACUUUAAAGUAAAGAGCUCAACUGGCACUGCUUUUGGCCUGGAGCUUGGGACCCCCCGUCUUUGCUGAGAUUUGGGGUUGUCGGCUCUCCCCUGGGGCAUCCAGCAGCCUCUGCCUUGCCUUCAGCCCCCUCCCAAGCUGGCUAGAGUGGCUUGUGUGGCCACCCCGUCCAAAUAUGUAGGUACCUGGUAGCUGCCCAUUUCUGGGUGAGCCCCAUCUUCACCCAGGCCCAUGUUGGUCCGCCCAGCUUGCCAGCUGCCGCAGAGAGUCACAAGCCUCGAGGUGCCUUCUUCAGGGCCUGGUUGAAGAAGAUGGCCAGUGGACAGCCUGCUCUUGACUAGCCGGGCCGGAGGGUCAGAAAACCCAGUAGCCCUUACUCUUGCCCCAGGAUCAAAGUCUGCUUUCUCCCCACUGAGACUUGCCUUCCUAAUCCUUGUGGCUGUGGGGACCGAGUCUGUAGCUGGGAGCAUGCCCUGUUGGGCCUCAUGUGAAGGCAGAGAGAGGGAAAGUGAUUAGAAUGAGUUGAGCAGGAGCUGUUUAGGGCUGUGGGUUCACAUCCCGAUGGUGUCUCAGAGCUUCCUGCCUGUGUUCUGAGCUCUGCAUCACUGUUUGUACGGUGAACGAAUGCCAGUGUGCCAAUGGGCAUGUGCUUGUGCUGACAAUGGAUGCACAGCCCCAUCUGUGUGUCCUCGCAGAUACUCAGAGGGACCUUCUCAUCCCCAGGAAGUCUGCUUGCUGAUGGUCUGGUCUGUGUUCUGAACUCAAUUGAGCACAAACCCUGUCCUAUGAAUUUCUGGCAUUUGGGAUUUUUGCUUGACUUCAGUUACUGGUGGGAUCUUUAGGUCUUGAUAGGACCCAGGCGCCAGCCCCCUUCUGGGGCAUGGGAAAUCCAGAGACCAGAGACCAGGCCCUGGCUGAGACCCAGACAUAUGCACAAUCACUUAGCAGAAUCUUCAACACCCCUCGGUUAUACAGCUUUCAGUCACCUAGGGUGUGUAUGGGAGGCUGGCUUACUGCAAUAAGAGUGUCCCCCUCCAAAAGUUGUACAUGAAAGUUUUGUAAAUCAAACCCUUAUCCUUCAUCUUUUAAAGAAUUACUACUGCAAGUCCUUUUGUAAAGUGAAGAAUUUUUUUGUAGAGUGGACCCACUGUCCUGUUGAUCUCUUGUGUCAAUCCAGAUGGUGGGACAUGGUUUUCUUAAGGCCAGGCCUGCCUGUGACAUGCAUUCCAAGCCCAUGGAACAAACUCCACCCAAGUCCUAUAUACCUGUCAUUGUACCCUCAAGUCACCGCAGCCAUCUCCCACCAGGCUCUGCCUUUGGGGUUAGAGGGAAAACAAUCCCUUGUGGUGAAGGACCUUGAGCACAGCCGAAUGCAGGUGGCAUGAUCCCUGCUCCCUCCCCUCCCCUCUUAAGUUGUGGGGUCCAGUUUGUGAGUAAGAGGGGAACAUGGUAACCUUUAUAGUACCAUUCUCCAUCCAUUUAAGACCCCAACAUCCUAUUUUGGUGAACUUAGGAUUGGUUUCUUUCCAAUACUUGGAAGCUUCUGUGAGGAAUCCCAUCUGUCUAAAGAUGGAGCCCCUGUCCUAGGUCCUAAGACUCUAUUUACCUCCUGGCAGAGUAAUUUGACUUGGGAGUGAAAAGUGGCCACAGUAUGGAUUAGUGGAGACGAUUUAGGAGAUGAUCACACAUUCUAUCAGGAACUCAAGCUUCUGGCUUCCUCCUCUCUCAGACAAUAUGGAUAAGUUACCUCUCUCAAUGUCAGUUUCUCAUAAACACCCUGGUUUGGCCUGUCUCCUAGGGCUGUGGUGUAGACUGAGUGGAAUCAUGAAAGUAGCAUUUUGAAACCAGAAAGAACCCUUCUGCCCUCAGUAUCAUUGCUGCAGUGGGGUUUCUCACCCUGAGUGCAGGGCCUGGGCAGUGGGCCAGCCUGCCUGACUGCAUAGCAUUUGAGCAAUCUAGGUUCCAAACCACUUUUGCCUGAAUUAUCCUGAUUGUCCACAUUUCUCCAGAUUGACCUCAUUUUCGUUUCCUUCCAAGGGGAAGCACAGGAGUAAGAAUGGAAAAAGACACGGGCGGAAUAUGUAAAACGUAAUACAGCUUCCCCAAACUGGCCUGGGUAGGGAAUGGUAAGGCUUCAUGUCUUUGCAAGACCUACAGAAGAUCCAAAAUUUUCAUUUUCAUGUCCAACUGCGCACCCCCCGCCCCACCCAGCAUACCCUUCUUCUUCCUCUGCCUCACCUGUAAAGAGAUGGCAACAUUCCUAGAAUUGUAUCUCUGCAAAGGGAAGGAAUGUAAAGGAAAAAAAAAAGUGUGGAGAAGAGAGAUGAUUGUAAUGACCGGAGGGAUUCACAUCUUUUCAGGAAAAUUCACAUGCUUUUAUUGGUGGUGGCAACGGCAAGAUGGUACAACCUUUAUCCUAUUCCAAAAACAACAGAGGGCACAGCAUCUGUAGUCAGCUGACAACUAUCUUGGCCUUUGGGGCUGGUUUGGUCUCGUACUUGUGAUUUCAAUGGUACGUGGCCCCCACCAAAGGCUUGCCCUUGCCCCUGUACAUAGCGCGUUGUCCCUGUGGGCAGGCCCAGCACUUUCCGUCAAUGUUGUACUGUACCGUGAUGAGUUGUGUUGGUCUCUGCAUUUUUCUGCAGAAGGGGAGUAACUGCUCCGGGUACCUUGACCUUUGUACAGCCGGGAGGCCAACACUGUGGGCGUGACUCUUUAGCGACAAAACCCUUGUGGUGAUGAUGUGUGUGUAUAUAUAUAAGGAUAUAUUGGGAAGAUUUCUAAAUAAAAGUUUUACAAAGGG